CACAUACAGUAGUAGUACAUUUCACACAGCAGCUCCUGUGGCUCAAUCAUCCUCCAUGUUUAUUCUCUCGUAAUACGAACGGAUUUUAAUAUGGCGAUAAGUAAAUGCACAAAUAAAUUUUCAGUUUUGAUGGGCCACAAUAUCAAUAGUCAAGUUUUAUCAAUAAAACAAAUUUAUGGAGAUUGAAUUGUGUACCAGCUAUCCAAUUCAAAGGUGUUUUUGUGGAUUGUAAGAAAGACACGAAAGAAACAGAUAUAUGAGACAAAAACGAGAAGGAAACAGAUGUAUGUGAGAGAAUAGAAAAAUAUUAAAAACAAAAACAAGUGUACAAACAACAAAGCUUCGGCAUAAAUUAAAGAAAACAAAAUUUUAAGCUGAAAUUAUUGCAAAAUGAGUGACAAACGCAGUGUUAAAUAUAUUAAAUGAAUAUAUAAUAUUUAUAUAUUAUUAUUAUUACAAGUUAUUUAUACAAUCAGAGAGUAUUUUCGUAAAUAAUUGUGACAGCACAUGAAAUAUUCACAAAAAUAAAUACUGAUGAUAGCAUAGGGUCAGUAUUCGAAUUUCUCACAAAUGACAAUCAGAUAAUUCCAAAAAUAUAUAAUACGCAAAAUACCACAAUAGAACAACUAAUAUUUGAUGUGACUAAGAGCAUUUUCCAUAAGAAUGCAUCGAAAAAAUUUCGACACAAAGCAACCAGAUGAAGCGAGACUCGCGCUGACCGAGCCAUCAAUCGUUGCCUCCUUAUCAACAUCAACAUUAUCAUCAAAUGCUAAAGCGACGGCUGACUUGUGUACUGAAAAGAAGCAAUUAAAUGACGAUUCAAAAACUAUUGUUGCAAAUAUUAAGAAUAUUCUGACACAACUACCGAAUCUAACGGAUAAUCGAAUAGGAUUGCUUACAGCGGCAUGGCUUAAUCUUCAAAAUUUGAUUCAAAAUAAAAACGAAGAUUUUAAAAACUGUAUGCAGUGGAUAAUCAAAUACACCUUGGAUUCAAUGCUAACGGAGCUUACAAAAUCAGAUGCCGGAGACUUAGAAGAAUUAAAGAUUAGAAUAAAUGAAUGUGCAUCAUUGGUUCAAGAAGAAGCGAAUUUUUGGUAUCGGUGCAAAUAUAUUCUAGAAAAUAUAGAUGCACCAUGGUCUCAUCCAACAUUACAGUUAAUAUUCAAUGAUGGCAAAAAUUCUCCAACAAUCAUAUCAAAAGAGCAACUUGAAAAAGAAAUUGAAUAUUUUACGAUCGAACGAGGUUGCAUGAUUGAUAUGCGAGUGAAAAAGUUGAUCGCGUCCAAAUGUGAUAGAUUCGCAAUGAAUUUUGUAACGGAAGCUUUACGUGCUAUUCAAACAUGUACUGAUGACCAUAUGCUGCGGCGUGUUGUUUCAUUGGGCCAAAAUCAGAGUCUCCUUGAAAUUUACUUCUCAUUUCUCUAUAAAUUUAAGGAGUCAUCGCGUCUUAAAGUCGAAUUGGAAGCUAUGCACCUGGACUCAGCAAAAGAGUUUAUUUUAAAUUGUUUUGCAACUAUUGAUUUUUAUGAGGCUACCAAUCAAAGACUGCGAUCAACAAUACACGCUUCAAACGCUAUGAAAAAGGCUCAUCCGGCGGCAGCACGUUUGCAUAAGUAUCAUGUUUCGGUGAGCCAAUAUGCAUUGCAGCUUAUUUUGGUACGACUAUUAGCUGGGGAAUAUGGCAACGAUGGUGUGGAGGCAACAUUUAGAGACUUACUAACUGAAUGGAUCCGAAGAAACAGAGAACAGGAAAACUUCGAUAAACUCUUCCACAAAUUAAUUCAAACUGCGUCAUCAAAUUCUCGAAUUUACGAAUGUUGUGAGAUUCUCUAUGAUUUGUAUCCAAAUGAUUGUGAGACAGCAUUACGGAUAUUUUGUUCAGAAUUAACAAAAGAAAUCAAUAUAUUGGAACACAAAAAAUAUGAUGAAACGGUCAAUGCUUCAGUUAUUUUAAGUUUAGAAAAGCAAACUUCUUCGCGCUACCUUACCUUGGGUAAAAUUCUUCAUGCUCAUAAAAAAUUAGAGAAAGAAUGUGUACUAACAGCAUUCUCAAUGAACCCAACACACGAAUGCUUUCAACUGGUAUGCAGUUUGGCAACCGAAAAUCUAGCACCACAGGUAACACCACAUUUGGAAACAAUAGAUGCAUUGCCAACGAUAAUAUGCACCGAUAUGCUGUUAAAUUCAAAAGAAUAUGAUGCUUUAAGGGCGCCAAAUCGUUUAUUGGACUCAUUAACAUCCAUUUCCGAAGAAGUUCGGUCGGAUUUGGUGUGUUUGUUAACAGUGCCACGAAUUAAAAAUCUCAAUUGGCUCGUUCCAUGGCCAGAACUUAAGCAGGCAUGCGAAGAGCUAUUAUUUACCGAAAGAAAGAGACAAAUAGUUGAGAAAACGACGGCCGGUGCAAAUGAUAAUCUAAAAUAUAUCAAUGAUAAUCUGAAUUAUGAUGAUUUCAAGAAUUUUGCACCGCAUGAAUAUCCAGGUAUUGAGAAAGGAUACGAGAUUUAUGUUGCCAACAGUGAUAGCGAUGAAUCGCCUGUACUUGGAACUGGAGACAGUGAUAGUGAUGGUACUGAUACUGCUCCAGAAUCAAAGCAAUUUAUUGUUAAAGAAGAAAAACGUUUGCGAGACCGCAAACGACGUUUGAUUCGCCGAAGCCAAAAAUUAUUGGAAAUGAGUGAAAAUAAUAUGCAACCUGAAAAGAUGUCAAAAGAAUUGGAUCAGAAGAAAAAGAAACCAAGACGUCUGAAACAAAUGACCAGUGAUAGCUUGAAACCUGGAAAAUCAAAUCGAAAAACUCAAUCAAAACAGCAGUUGUAUACUGAAUAUAAUAAUAUCCAAAAGGAUACAACGUCAAAUUUUGGAAAUAUAAACAAUAAAGUAGAAUCGAGUUUGGAUAUAAAAACUGAACCAUUGGAUGAUCAUUUGGAGAUUCAACAUGAUGGUGAUGUAUCUGAGACUUUUGUCGAUCGUUCAAAUAUUCCACAUUUAAAAAGUGAAAAUUGUACAAUCAACAACAGUUUUUUUGAAAUCACACAAAAUCAAUAUGACGACCACGUCCAACAAAGCCAAAGGAACGGUACUUUCGCAAAAAAUGAUAUAAUGCCACUGAGCAAUUUUUCAGAGCUCACUUGUCUCCCUCAACAAUUUGAACAAUCAGAUAAUGAAAGUACAACAAUUUGCUACAAUACAGAGCUAGUCAAUAGUAUAAUUUUUGAUGAGUCAAAAAACGAAUCACCCGAACAGCCGUUUUCCAAAAUUUGUGAUGAAGAUUUUGAUGAAGAUGACAAAGCCAACAUACAUUUUCAACACAUCGUUAUGAACAAAAUACUUGGACUGAAUGAAAAACAAGUUUCACAUUUUACUAAUGACGAUACAGUAAAUAAUAUUGAAUUGAAUCAGGAAACGAAGUCAAAAUCACCAGUGAUAAACGAACUUUGCCCAUUGAAACCGUCUGUUGAAAUUGAAAAUAUUGCAUUGCAAAAUAGUAGCAGCAAAACUUUGUGUGAUGUGCCAUAUACAUCGAAUAUUACGAUUUCAAACCCAAAUGUGCAGAGUUCGAAACCAAAGAAGAAUCCGUUAUUGGCAUUCCGGAGACCAAAGAAAAUCCCCAACAAAUCAAAUGACAUGUUUGCUAAAGAAUUAAAUGAAUACACAAAUACAAUAACUGAAAGUUUACCAAAUUCAUUCAACCUAGAAGACAACAGUCAAAAUAACAUGACAGAAAAUAUGGAUCACAAUCAAGAGAAUAAUAUUCUUACAUGCGUGACUGAUCAAAAAGUUGUAUCUAAAUACCAGUUCAACAAACAAAUUGAUGAAGAUCUUCAAAAUACAGAAAUGGAUACAUCUUCUUCGAUUGUCAUAUUGACCAAACAUUGUACAGUUCGUUUGAAUCGAAUUCCCAAUUUAGAUAGAAUGGAUAGUUCUAAACAGAUUCAUUUGGCUCCUUUGGAUUCAUCAUCAAAUAAGAGCGACGAUUUCAAUGUCAAAUUUAACUAUGAUCAACUAACGAAUGGAAAAUCUUCCUCUGAUAACACAUCACAAAGAAGUCAAAAUUCGAACGAAGUGAAAAUUCCAGCUGAAGAAGAUGAAGAUGAGGAUCGUAAAACCAAUCUUCUAUUACCAUACAGUUCAAUAAACAGUAGUCACAAUAAUUAUGGCAAUGAUGAUGAUGACGAUUGCAAUAGUAGUGAAGAUACAAAAACUAAUUGCCCAGGCGAACAUGUCAGCCUUAAAACGGAACAAAAUAGCGGUGAAAAACAGCAGCAGCAAAAACAACAACAACAAAAACAGCAGCAAAAACAACAACAACAGCAGCAUCACUGUACGGAAUCGAAUAAACAUGAAUACAAAAUGCUUCAACACAUGUCAUCCGAAAAGCAGCUUUGUUCGAAACAAACUUUUCUUAUGCAAAAUCGCAACUCAGAUAAUAUGGUAAAACAUUUAAAAUGCAGAUAGAGAAAAAAAUCAAACAUUUCCUA